AUGUCUAGCAAUCAGGCAAAGGCUGAGAUUAAGUCCUUGCAGUACUCUUCUAAUACUAGAACUCGUUUGUCACGCAAGCGCGGUCAAGAAUAUGACGCAGCUAGCAUUGGCAACAUCACUGGGAAUGCAUCUGAGCCGUCGGACAUAGUCUCUACUGCCAACGCAGCCCAGAUUGCGAUGGAAUCAAUCAUCGAAACCCUCCGAACCAUCCGCGACAAUCAAGUCCAAUGCACGGCUAUCACUCGACGACUUGAAGGGUACAAAUCUGCCAUCAGGAAUUAUAUGGGCUCUUUGGGCAACUCUCAUCUGGAAGAACCAGGCAUAACCGAGCCAUUCAGAGGACCACUCGCACGAUAUAUCAAAUUUCUUGACGAUUUUCAUCGCAUGCUUGUCAAUCUCCAGCACAAACGACCUCGUUACGCUCUAAUUCUAAGGAUCCGCAAGGACACACUCGACCUGUGUAUUGCGUCCCUAACCCGCACCCUCGAGCAUAGUCACGCUCCCACUAAGAAUGCUUCAGUAAAUGACCCUCAAGAAGACGCAGCCGCCAUACUCCAAUUGCCAACUAUAGGGUUCGUUGCAUCAUCGGUUCAUAAUACCUGCCUCAAAGGAACACGCGAAGCCGUUCUCCAGACAAUCUGGAAAUGGGCCGAAGACGAUGCAGAAGGAAAGCCGAUCUUCUGGCUCUGCGAUAUAGCUGGAUCCGGAAAAUCUACAGUUUCAAUGUCUGUAAUGGAAUCAUGGCGUAAGAAAGGGACGCUAGGCGCUCACUUCUUCUUCUCCAUGACAAGCAAUGAAGGAUCCACCACGGAUAGGUUUUGUUCUACGAUAGCCAGAAAGCUCGUAGACUACAUACCCGAACUUGCGCCACGCGUAGCCGAGGCGGUAAAACAGAACCCGUCGGUCCUGCGAAGUCCCUUGGGGGAGCAGUUUCAAACCCUUGUCGCGCGCCCGCUCCGACAUUUGACGCAGCCUGUGAUCAUCGUCAUAGACGGCGUAGACGAAUGCAAAUCAGGAGCGCAGCGAAGGAAACUCCUCGAGGCGCUUGCGGCGACAGCGCGCGAGUGCAGCAAUCUCAAGAUAUUCAUAACCAGCCGUCCAGAUCCAGUCGUUCAAGGUGCCUUGGAGCCUUACUCUGUUAAAGCGAGGCUGGAAGAUCGCCUCCCCAACUUCGAUAAUCGAACCAAUGACGACGAUAUCGCGCUCUACGUACACAGGUCACUCAAUGGAGUCCUCACCGAGAGCCAGAGACAGCGAAUAGUCAACAAAGCUAAUGGACUAUUCAUUUGGGCGAGCACCGCUUGUAGAAUGCUCACCAACAAGAGCGACUUGGCUCGCCCUGAAAGCGCAUACCAGCGUAUGAUCUCCAUGGAGCGGAACGGAGUCAUAGAUGAUCUAUAUAGCCUCAUCUUGGAGCACGUGGAGCCCGGAGUUUAUGCAGAUAUGUACAAGAUGCUCUCGUUACUUCUCGUUGCAUUCGAACCACUCACCGUCCAUGAUGUCGACGACAUCCUCAGGCACGCUGCAGUGCACAGGGCCGCAAAGACACUGGUUCAGAACCUCACGAGCGUACUUACCGAGGAUGGAACCACGCAACUGAUCCGGUUCCGCCAUCCGACCUUUGUCGAGUACCUUCGACGCUGCUCAGUCCUCCCAGGCCUCGAAAAGCGUAAAGAUGUCCCUAUCAAUCUUCGAGAUGCGCACGGUCAGGCUGCAUCAUGGUGUUUCAAACAUCUUAGAUCGCAGACUGGAGGUCUCAAGUUCAAUAUAUGUCAAAUCGAGUCAUCAUUUCAUCUUAAUCGGGAGAUUCUGGAUCUCGAAACCAGAAUAUCCAAGUUCAUCUCAAGAGGACUUCAAUACGCUAGCACGCAUUGGCCAUUUCAUCUAGCAGAAACUGACAAGGAGUGGCGAGCCACGCUCAAGAGUGAGCUAGGGAGUACUCUUCAAUGUCCAUACAUUCUAUACUGGAUGGAGGUCCUGAGCUUGACCGGAGGAGUGCCACGGGCAAUCCAGGGUCUUCGGGAUAUUACCCGUCACAAAGAUAUUGAGGAGCACAGGAACGAUAUAAUCGAAAUUCGUCGUCUUAUGACAACUUUUGCUGUGCCAAUACAGGACAGUGCUCCACAGAUCUACAUCUCGGCACUGCCUUUCGUGCCCACAGCGUCAAAGCUACAUAUCGAGGGUCUAAAGAUGUACACCGGUACCCUCAGCGUGACUCACGGACUUGAAGAACAGUACAGGCGACCACCUGAAGUUCUUCGUGGCCACGAAGACUCGGUCAGGGGCAUUGCAUUCUCGCCGGACGGCUCGAGAAUUGUUUCAGGAUCUGCGGAUAACACGAUUCGGCUAUGGGAUGCGGAGACAGGGCGGCCGAUAGGAGACCCACUUCGAGGCCAUGAGGACUCAAUAUUAGCCAUCGCUUAUUCGCCAGAUGGCUCACGAAUAGUCUCUGGCUCAUCAGACAGGAUGAUCAGAUUGUGGGACGCAGAUACAGGACAACCGUUGGGAGAGCCACUCCAAGGUCAUAGAAACUGGGUCAGCUCUGUCGCGUUUUCGCCAGAUGGAUUAAAUAUCGUCUCCGGUUCGUGGGAUAGCACUGUCAGACUAUGGGACGUAGAAACGGGCCAGCCGCUAGGACAGCCGAUCCGAGGUCACGAAGAGUGGGUCACAUGUGUAGCCUUUUCACCAAAUGGAUCGCGUAUCGUCUCUAGCUCGUGGGAUAAGACGAUUCGCCUAUGGGACGUGGAAACAUGCCAUCCAUUGGGAGAACCACUGCGAGGUCACGAACACUGGGUCAACACCGUCGCAUUCUCACCAGAUGGGUUACGCCUUGUUUCUGGUUCGUGGGAUAUGACACUACGGAUAUGGGACGCGGAGACCGGUCAGCAGCUGGGAGACCCCCUCAUAGGCCAUGAGGACGAUAUAAACGUGGUAAUAUUCUCACCAGAUGGCUCACGCAUCAUCUCCGGCUCUUUGGACGCUACGAUCCGAGUGUGGGAUGCAGAAACCGGGAAGCAAGUAGGAAGUGCCCUCAGAGGUCAUCAAGAUUCGGUCGCAUCCCUCGCAUUCUCGCCCGAUGCAUCACACUUUGCCUCUGGAUCUUCGGAUGCCACUAUCCGCUUUUGGGACGCCAACACAGCCCAGUCAUUGGGAAUCUCACAACACGGCCACCAAGGUCCAGUACAUACCGUCGCCUUCUCGCGGGAUGGCUCUCAAAUAGCCUCCGGCUCCUCCGACGGAACAAUCAAGCUAUGGAAUGCAACUACUGGCAACCCAUCAGGAGAUUCAUUGAGGGGUCAUGAAAAUGGCGUUAAAAACGUCGUAUUCUCCCCGGAUGGAACGAUUGUGGUUUCGAGUUCAGCAGAUGGUACGAUUCGUCUAUGGGAUGUACAGACCGGUCACCAACUUGGAACGUCAUUCCGAGGUCACCACGGUUCAGUCAAUGCCCUAGCAAUGUCACCUGAUGGCUCCUCUAUUGUCUCCGGCUCCAUAGACAAAACAAUCCGACUAUGGAAUUCUACCACUGGCCAGCUAUUGGGAGGGCCACUCCUGGGUCACCAAGCCUCUGUUAAUGCAGUAGCGUACUCGCCAGAUGGCUCAAGAGUUGUCUCUGGCUCUAAAGACAAGACAAUUAGGUUAUGGAAUGCGACCAAUGGUCAAUCGUUGGGAGACCCACUUCGAGGUCACAAGGAGCAGAUUAAUGCGCUAGCAUUCUCUCCGGAUGGCUCAAAAAUUGCUUCUGGCUCACAAGAUGCAACAGUUCGACUAUGGGAUGCAACCACUGGUCAGCCGCUGGGAGACCCACUACUGGGCCACGAAGCUUCAAUCUUGGCCAUAGCUUUUUCACCAUAUGGCUCGCGGAUCAUCUCUGGCUCAGCGGACAAGACUAUUCGAAUAUGGGAUGGGAUCGAUAGUCAAGUGCUUCGGGGCCAUCAGCACGCCGUUAAUUCUGUGAUAUAUUCACCUGAUGGAUUAUAUAUUCUCUCCGGCUCAUCAGAUAUGACGAUUCGGCUAUGGGAGGCUGAAACCUGCCGAGCGGCAGAUCUCACGCUCCUUGAUUGCGAGUCGGGGUUUGGUGACGACAUACUACCACCACAAUCUGCGCGAAGCACCUCCGUCUCAAUGGAUAAUUGGAAUGGAAUGUUGAAUUCUGACACGGGUCAUCCGCUCAGUGAACUCGAUAUCCCUGCUCAACCUUGCGAUCCCCUCAAGAACGAGAAGCCACAAAGAAUUUUACUCCGAAAACUCGUGCCUGGAUUCAGAAAGUGUUAUCUCACAAGCGACGGCUGGGUGAAAUCAGCGGGCAAGUAUCUCUUCUGGGUACCGGAUGAUAAUCGGCAUGGGUUGCAAUACUUCCAUCGCCUGACGAUGCCAACAUAUAGUUUCAUUGUGGACAAUCAUGGAUAA